UGACUUCCCAACUGAGUACCUUUCAUGUCACUAUAUAUACCACCACCAUUACCAAAUCCCACUUGCAACAAUAACUAAAGAAUCACCAUUAUAAGAUCCUUUCUUAGAUUUUUGUCCAGAAGAACCCAACACCCAAAAAAGAAGAAAAAACUUAAGAGAGCUGGAGUUUGUUAAUGGCUGGUGUUAAAGAAAUGAUGAGUGGUGGUAGAUCAGUAAUGAUGAUGAGUAAAUCAUCAUCUUUAGCACCAAGUUCAAGAUUUCUAUAUCAGAAUGUUGAGCAACAGUUCUGUUUUGGUUCUUCUAAAAGAUUAAAUACAAAUGAGAAGGGUUUGAGAAUUAGUUGUGAGAGUAUUAGUGGUAGUACUAAUGGUAGUCCAUUAGCCGUUAUUAGUGAGAAUUUGUUUAGAAUUUCUUCUAAAGAGAAAGCAGUUCAGUUUAAAGUUAGAGGUGUUAUUAUUGUUAAGAAGAAGAAUAAAGAAGAUUUUAAAGAGGCAUUUUUGAAUCAUUUUGAUGAUUUCACUGAUAAAAUUGGAAGGAAUGUUGUUCUUGAGCUCAUUAGUACUCAAAUUGAUCCAAAGACUAAAGAAGCAAAGAAGAGCAAGGCAGCAGUGAUUAGAAAUUGGUCAAAGAAAUCAAAAAUCAAAGCUGAGAGAGUUACAUAUACAGUUGAUUUCAUGGUGGAUUCAAAUUUUGGUAUUCCAGGAGCUAUUACUGUAACUAAUAAACAUCAGAAAGAGUUUUUCUUGGAGACUAUAACUAUUGAAGGUUUUGCUUCUGGUGCUGUUCAUUUCCCUUGUAAUUCAUGGGUUCAAUCCACUAAAGAUCAUCCUGACAAAAGAAUUUUCUUCUCAAAUAUGCCGUAUCUACCAUACGAAACACCCGAAGGAAUGAAACAACUAAGAGAAAAGGAGCUUGAAGCACUUAGGGGAGAUGGGACAGGAGUUAGAAAAUUAUCCGAUCGGAUAUAUGAUUUUGCUACGUAUAAUGACUUGGGUAAUCCAGAUAUGGGAAUUGAUCUUGCUAGACCGGAGUUUGGUGGUGAAACAAUUCCAUAUCCUAGAAGAUGCAGGACGGGGCGUCUUCCAACCGAUACCGACAUAAAUAUGGAGUCCCGUGUUGAGAAGCCAUUGCCAAUAUAUGUACCUAGGGACGAAGCAUUUGAGGAAACAAAGAAACACACGUUUUCUGCUGGGAGAUUAAGGGCUGUUCUUCAUAACUUGUACCCCUCACUUGUUGCCAACAUUUUGGCUCACCAUGAUUUUAAGGGGUUUGCGGAUGUCGAUGAUCUUUACAAAGAGGGUCUCUUGCUUAAAUUUGAUGAGUUUAAGAAACUUCCCAAAAUCGUUCACAAAAUCCAAGAAUCAAGUGAGGGUAUUCUAAAAUAUGAUACACCAAUGAUCAUCGCAAAAGACAAGUUUGCUUGGUUAAGGGACGAUGAAUUUGCUAGACAAGCACUUGCAGGGAUUAAUCCAGUGAACAUCGAGAGGCUUGAGGUUUUUCCACCAGUGAGCAAGCUGGAUCCAAAUAUCUAUGGUCCACAAGAGUCGGCCUUAAAAGAAGAACACAUUCUGAGCUAUCUCGAAGGGAUGUCCGUGCAACAGGCACUGGAGGAAAAUAAAUUGUUUAUGAUAGAUUUCCAUGACAUAUACCUUCCAUUUGUUGAACGAAUAAAUGCUCUUGAUGGGCGAAAAACAUAUGCUACACGAACUCUCUUUUUCUUGAGCUCAACCGGAACCCUAAAGCCCAUCGCCAUUGAACUUAGCCUCGCAUCUGAGGCUUCAUCAAAGAGAGUACUUACACCUCCUAAUUGUGCCACUUCGAGUUGGAUAUGGCAGCUAGCUAAGGCCCAUGUCGGCUCCAACGAUGCUGGUGUCCAUCAACUAGUUAAUCACUGGUUGCGUACUCAUGCUGCCUUGGAGCCAUUUAUACUAGCUGCACACCGGCAAAUGAGUGCUAUGCACCCUAUUUUCAAACUCUUGGAUCCUCACAUGCGCUACACUUUAGGGAUCAAUUGCAUAGCCCGUCAAACUUUAAUCAGCGGAGGGGGUGUCAUCGAAUCUUGCUUCACUCCUGGUCCAUACUGCAUGGGAAUCAGUGCAGAGGCAUACAAAACCUGGCGCUUCGACCUUGAAGGUCUCCCUGCAGAUCUUAUCCGCAGAGGUAUGGCAAUUAAAGACCCGUCACAGCCUCAUGGACUAAAACUCACCAUUGAAGACUACCCUUAUGCAACAGAUGGUCUUCUCAUAUGGUCUGCUAUAGAGAAAUGGGUCAAAACUUACGUGACACAUUACUAUCCGGAUCCAGAUCUGAUCCGUAACGAUAGAGAGCUUCAGGCCUGGUACAAAGAAUCCAUUGAAGUGGGUCAUGCAGACCUACGGCACGCAGACUGGUGGCCCAAGUUAUCCAAUGGUGAUGACUUAGUGUACAUCCUAACAACACUCAUCUGGCUCGCAUCUGCCCAACAUGCUGCCUUGAAUUUUGGGCAGUACCCCUAUGGUGGUUACGUCCCAAACCGCCCAACGCUCAUGCGGAAAUUAAUUCCGGAUGAAAAUGAUCCAGAAUAUGCAACUUUUCAUGAUGAUCCUCAAAGAUAUUUCUUUACCUCAUUGCCAAGUUUACUCCAAGCAACAAAGUUGAUGGCAGUGGUAGAUUCGUUAUCAACACAUUCACCAGAUGAAGAGUAUUUAGGAGAGCGGAGUCAACCUUCUACUUGGUCUGGUGAUGCUGAGAUUGUGGAAGCAUUUUAUGGGUUUUCUGCGGAGAUUCAACAGAUAGAAAGAGAAAUAGAAAAAAGAAACAGUAACCCAAAUCUGAAGAACCGGUGUGGUGCAGGUGUUCAACCUUACGAGUUGCUUGCUCCUAGCUCUGAACCCGGCGUCACCUGCAGAGGUGUACCUAAUAGUGUAUCUAUUUAGAUGAUCCAAAAAUCGUUUAGGAAUUCUUUAGGUACAAUUCUUUCAGGAUCUUAUAAAAAUCCAAUAGCUACGGUUGCAUAAUAUGGAGUGUUACUGUAUAUGUAAUUAUUAGUCCAGGGUCGUGUUGUUGCAAGUGUUGUAUCAUAUGCACAUAUAGAGGGAGUCCGAGUCUUAGCUAGAUAAAAUGCUACUUAGGACCGUGCUUAUUAGUCGAGGGGAAUCGGCAUCAUUCUUUUGUAUGUCGAUUAAUAAUGUUAUAUAAGUUGAUAAAGAUAAUAAAUGAAUCUAAUUUUUUUUUUUUUUUUU